AUGGGGUCGUUCGAUGGGGCCGAAACAUGCGAACUAGUUGGUUGCUACAUCCUGUCACGCCUUACAGAAAAGUUCGGAAGGAACAUCGGUCUCUAUCGUGACGACGGGCUGUCGGCAUUCAACAAAACACCACGUGAGAUCGAAAGAGUUAAGAAAGAUAUCUGCCAGAUCUUCCGCGACAAUGAUCUUAAAAUCACCGUGGAAGCCAACCUCACCAAAGUAAAUUGUUUAGAUGUCACACUCGACCUAAAAAGCGAAAAGCACUCCCCAUACAUGAAAGAAGGAAAUACACCCAUCUACGUACACAAGCAAUCGAAUCACCCACCUUCCAUCAUAAAGAACAUUCCCGAAUCCAUCAAUAAGCGCCUAAGUGAAAUCUCAUCUGACAAGGAAUGCUUUGACAAAGCCAAAGAUGCGUACCAAGAUGCUCUUAAUAAAUGUGGCCACAAUUAUAAUCUUUCAUACAAAGUGCCAAUCCCUAAAACAUCACGACAAAACCAACGGCAUAGAAAUAUUACUUGGUUCAACCCACCUUACAGCCAAAAUGUUGAAACGAAAAUCGGAAAAUGCUUCCUCAAAUUAGUUGAUCUGCAUUUCCCCAAAUCAAACCCACUGCAUAAGAUAUUUAACCGGAACAGCCUUAAGUUGAGCUACAGCUGCAUGAGCAACGUGAAAACUAUUAUCUCCAGCCACAACAAAGCCCAGAUCAGCAAACCAGUACCCCAAUCAGAAGAAGUCGCUGGCUGCAAUUGCCGUAAAAAAGAUUCUUGCCCGCUUGAGGGAAAUUGCAAAAUCCAGAACAUUGUAUACCAAGCAGAGGUCACGACUCCACAGUCAAAAGAAACGUACGUCGGCCUAUGUGACACGACGUUUAAGGAACGAUUCAAUAACCAUAAAUGCUCUUUCAGGAACGAAAGAUACAAGAAUAGCACAGAGCUUAGCAAAUACGUAUGGAACCUAAAACAACGCAAAAUUGAUUACCAAAUUAAGUGGAGAAAAGUAAAGCAAGCUAGGUCUUACUCUAAUGUCAACAAGAAAUGUAAUCUCUGCCUGUGGGAGAAAUACUUUAUUAUUUGCAAACCGGAAAUGUCGACACUCAAUCGUAGAAAUGAGCUGUCAUCGAUCUGUAGACAUUCUAAGAAAUUUCUUUUAAAUACCGCGAUAACCUAA